UCACAAUAAAAGCAGCAGCUGAUUCACAUUUAAGAAUGGUAAUACUAUCUUUUGAUACUGCUGGCCAUGCUCCUUGGAAAUAUUCUUACAGCCUGUGAGGAGAUACUCUCUAUGGAAUAGUCAGAAAAUCAGCUCACCCUUGGCAGUAACAAAAUGCGGUCUAGCAACUUAUGAGGGACAUGGCUUUAACAUCUGACAGUUAGAUUCAUUGUUGGUUUAGCAGCCAAUCAUUGGUUUUGACGACACAAGUCUAAUGAAGGUUGGAAUAUAAAAAGCCCUCUUGGAAUAUACAUGAUUCACCAGAGUGGUGAGUUGUCUCAGAUUGCAUUUGCCUUGUGAUUCACACAGUACGGAAAGAUUAAAAAAGGAACCAAAGGAAGGAGAAAGGAAGGAAGGGAAAGCACUGCACUGAAUGUGAGAUCCUGCAGAAAUAAAAAAUGUAUCUUUAUAUUUACCUUUUCAUGUUAAUCAUACCUGGUCCAGUGGAUCUUAAUGAAAGUAACCAGGCAAAUGAAAACAUGGAAAAAGAUGGACUGUGCAACGCAUGUACAUGGAGGCAAAGUACAAAAUCUUCAAGAAUAGAAGCUAUAAAAAUUCAGAUCCUAAGUAAACUGCGUCUGGAGCAAGCACCUAAUAUUAGCCGGGAUGCUAUAAGGCAACUUUUACCUAAAGCUCCGCCACUGCAAGAACUGAUUGAUCAAUAUGAUGUCCAGAGAGAUGACAGCAGUGAUGGCUCUUUGGAAGAUGAUGAUUAUCAUGCUACAACUGAAACUAUUAUUACAAUGCCUACAGAGUCUGAUUUCCCUAUGCCAGUGGAAGGAAAACCCAAAUGUUGCUUCUUUAAGUUUAGCUCCAAAAUACAGUAUAAUAAAGUAGUGAAGGCUCAGUUGUGGAUAUACUUAAGACCAGUCCAGAGGCCUACAACAGUAUUUGUACAGAUCUUGAGACUCAUCAGACCCAUGAAAGAUGGUACAACCUCUACUGCAAUUCGAUCUUUGAAACUUGACAUGAACCCAGGCACUGGUAUUUGGCAGAGCAUUGAUGUGAAGACUGUGUUGCAAAAUUGGCUCAAACAACCUGAAUCUAACUUGGGUAUUGAAAUCAAAGCUUUGGAUGAAAAAGGAAGAGAUCUUGCAGUAACUUAUCCAGGACCAGGGGAAGAUGGUUUGAACCCAUUUUUAGAGGUCAGGAUUACAGAUACACCAAAAAGAUCACGCAGAGAUUUUGGUCUGGACUGUGAUGAACACUCAACAGAAUCUCGAUGUUGCCGUUACCCGCUGACUGUGGAUUUUGAAGCUUUUGGAUGGGACUGGAUAAUUGCACCCAAAAGAUACAAAGCAAAUUACUGCUCUGGAGAAUGUGAAUUUGUAUUUUUACAAAAGUAUCCACACACUCAUCUUGUACACCAAGCAAAUCCAAGAGGUUCAGCAGGCCCAUGCUGCACACCUACUAAGAUGUCCCCAAUAAAUAUGCUGUAUUUCAAUGGAAAAGAACAGAUAAUAUAUGGAAAGAUACCAGCUAUGGUGGUAGAUCGUUGUGGGUGCUCAUGAGUUCUUCAUUAGGUUUGCCACUUCAUAAAAUAUGGAAUCUAUGAAAAGUAUUUCCCUUGAGCAUUUUUUGAAACUGUGAAUUUUUGUACAAUAGGCCUACCUCUGAUAGGCUAUACUCUAGGCUAUUGUAAAGAUUUCGUACCAGACAAGCUACAGUAUGUGAAUUGAAAGACAUUUUUAUGCAAGGGCUGGUUAAAAACCAGUGAAAAAGAUAAGCUACAAUCAAACUCACAGGAUUUCACAAUGAAUUUCUUAUUCUGGGAAGGUAUUUUUUCAUUUAUGCAAACAACAUAAUUAUAUACAAGUUUCAGCAGAUAGAAGUAGAAAAAGGCAACCUCCUUAUAUUCCAGAGAAUGAAAAGGAGCAGGCUAUUAAAUAUAGUCUGAACAGUUGAAUUCACUGUUGUACUCACAUUAGAGGAUAUAUUUGUGACGUAUAGAGUGAACAGAGUACCAGUGAAUUUUUCUCAAACACUUGAAUUGAGUUUAGAGUAUAAAAACUGAUAAGAUGAAAUUCCACAAAACAGAUAAGUUCACAAAUUAGGGUAGGUACAUUUUGUUUCCAUUCCUUUUAUAAUUAGUAUGUACAUUACUUUCUGCCAAUGGUGCUAUCAUAGUAGACUUACAAUCCAGUCCCAAGAUUUGCUGCAGGAAGCAAUAAGUAUUUUGGAUGGGAUGUACCAACAGCUAGAUUACAAUAUUGUCACAAAACUGGAUAUUGUAUUGGAACUGCAGACACCAGGAGAACUGAGGUUCUGACAGCUUUAAGUGCACACAUUACAAUGAAUCUCCCUCUCCUAAACUACAGUUUGUCAUUCACAAGAAUUUUUUAAAAUUACUUUAGCAGACAGCUGUAUUACAAAUGAUAAAUGGCAAGAAAUUGUUCCUUAUUGUACAAUUGUUAUAACCCAUAUUGCAACAUUACAGUUUGCACUAUGAUAAACCAAUUGAGAGAAUUCAUAAGUACAGUACUGUAAAAAUAAAACAUGAAUAUUUGUGUAAUAUAAUAUAUAUAUUAUAUAUACACACAAUAUUAUAAUGUAAAUAAAUGUGUUUUUUUAAGUUACUAUGACUAUACCAUAUAUAUGAUGCAACAAAUUUGGAAUAACUCAGAUUAAAAUUACACUUCCGUCAAUGAUAUAAAUAAGUUAUUUUAUUAUUUUGCAACAAAUAUACCAAGAUUCAGUAUUUAUUCUAAUGCUCUUGAGAACACUGUUAUAUAAAUGAAAUCACCCUAAUCAAUAUUGCUCUACCCACUUGUUGUAUACUUGUUGCUUAUAUGGGUUCUGUAUUUUCUUUCUUUUCAAAUUAAUGAGUGAGGCUACAUGUAAGAAUUUCAUAUGCACAUGCCUUAGUGCAGGGUUUGCCAGCCUGGUGCCCUCCAGAUAUUUGUUGGUCUCCAACUCCCAUCAUCCCUGAUCAUUGGCCAUACCAGUCAGGUCUGAUGGGAGUCCAACAACAUCAAGUGGCUUCACCUGAAUUAGUGGAUCAGAGCGAUGGCAGACAUAAGGUUGUAAACAAUGGUAUCCAUAUUAAACACAAAUGCCAUGAAAUUAAUCAACAUGACUAAGUUAUGUCCAGUAAAUUCAAUGGGCCUAAUCUGAGUAGUAGUCUGCUGCAACCAACUAUUUUUGCCAGAUCAACUAUGUUAGCAGUAUAUGUCAGGAGAUAUUGUGGGCUGGAUCCAAAGAUAACCUUUCAGGGAUGGAAGGGAAGGGCUAUUUACUUUGUGUUUAAGCACUGCAUGAGAAAAGAGAAACUAAGUCCCAAAUGUUCCUUCACUUGCACAACAGCAUGAACAGCCUCUCAUGUAAAAAGUAUGAGAAUGGGUAAAAAAAUUACCUGUUAAUAGCAUUGUGUGAACUGUGGCAUAAGCUUCUGUACAAACUUUUGCAGAACAGCACUAGUGGCUGCUUUCCUUCACUCAACAUUAUUUGCAUUCAACAUAUCAUUGAUUCAGUCAAAUUCUUAGCGAUAUAUCAACAUACUGUUAACAGCACAAACCCAUAUAUUUUCACUAACUGUAUUUUUCUUAUGAGCUAGAAUCUUGCAAAAUACUUUAUUACUUUCAUUUUAUAAGUAUGUAAUAAACUUUAAUUUUCAUGUAUUACUGUAUAUUUUGCUCAGCAUAAUCAGUAAUUUUUAAUCAAAACAAAGUUUAGAAAUCUAUUUCCUAUUAAGAAACUUUAUUUUCAAAUGUGAAAAACAAUUGAAAAUACAAACAUUGUUCAAUAACCACUAUAAUUUCUGUUAAAAUAUUUUCACUUUUGUAUAAUAUCAAAACUCUAUUUGUUGUAUACUGGAUUUCAACUUAUCAUUUUGUGUGAAAUUACAGCAGAAUAUCAGUC